CCCCAUUUGCCCAUCGAGAACGGGGACCAAAGUACCUCUGCUUACGUCUUUGCGAGACGCGGUACAAGGGCUGCCGCGAAAGCCAAAGGUAAGGGUAAGCUGCCUUCUCUCUUUAACUGAGGGUGCCCAAACAUGGAAGCAGACGUGGACGGACGGACUCGACAUGGAACUGACCACCAACCCGACACUUCCUCUGACCCCAUGAAAAUAAUUCCGUUCCCGUCCAGUACCAAUCUGAUCUGCUUCGUCUCAAACAUAAACCUCACACACUCCCAAUAAUCUCUUUUUUGCUGGACCUAUUUUUGCAGCUCGCAGCUCUCAGCUUCCAGCUCCCACAUCCCGACCUCCGGCUGCUUCUCCCCCCAAGAACCGGGCUCUGAGGCACGCGGUAAUGCAGCCUGUAUCGCCAGCGUCCUAGACGGCAGGCACGUCACCGCAUUUCAGGGGGCCAGCAACUGCGCGAAGCAACCCAGGACACGCCAAACCCCAAGUGGAACAUCGAGCCCGUGAGCCAGCUACACGCGGCUGACCCGACGUCUCCGCAAGGCUGAACGGCCGUCACGAGACCAACCUCUGGAUUUUUGGACAACGGGCACCAUGGGUCAGUGGUGGGAUGCUUCAAAGAUUGACGCUACUGUCACGAGACAGUUCGUCUGUCAGUACCUCUUACCAGAGGAGAUUGAGCGCCUAAGCCAGCCACUAGCUUUUGGUGAUGGUUUGACGGAUGAGACGUAUUGGGACUGGAUCAACAACAAGGCCAAGCGCAUCUUCUUGAUUCUCGUCGACCUCAAGAUUCCAGAUCAGAUCUUCGGCAUCGUCGACGACUCAUGGGACGACCAUGACCUGCCCAUAUCUUCCGAGCAUGUCGAGCGGCUUAGGUUGACGGCUCAAAGGGACGAUAAGAUUGAGCGCAAGUUUUUUUCUCGCCAGUUCACCUAUCUGCUCAAGCCCUUCCAACGAGGCGACCACGUCGUCUUUAACGAGUACGAAAUUGUUCCUCUCGAGGUCGUCGAGCGCAGACCGGCGGGGAAUACUUCAGUAGACAAGGUCGUCCUCCCCAACUGUCCCGGUACAGUCUUUUACCGACGCCGCAUCCCACUCGGGAACGGGUUCGGCCAGCUCUCCAAAGGCGAGUUCGUCGAGAUCAUCAAUAGCAUCAGGGGCAUCCAGAAUGACCACUUGGUAUCGUAUUACGCUUCAUACACGCAGAUCGGAGCGGCAUACGUCCUCUUUACCCCUGCUACCGACUCCAACCUGAAGUCUUUCUUUGGCAAUACGCCAUCUAACUUUAAGAAUCUCUCAAAGAAGGAGCGGAGACGGACGAUUAUGAACUGGAUCCUCUGUCUCGCUGACACCCUCGCCUACCUUCACAGCAGAAGGCUAUGCCACGGGAACAUCAAACCUUCAUCUAUACUCUUCACCAGUCAGCUCCACAUCUUUUACUCGGAUUUCACGAGACUAAACGCCGAGGUUCUAGCCGGUUACACGGACAAGAAUUCGUUUGACCGGGAGUCAUACGACUACGCAGCCCCGGAACAAUGGUUUCGCCCGACAGGCGGUCCGACGAGUCCUUUAGGCCGUAUGGCGACGAUGGCGAUAUCGACGUCUCCGGAGACGCACACCAACUUCUCCAUCCCAAGGAGUGACAACCCGGGUAGCCCAAAUGCGAUGCUGAACACGCCCAACCCACAUCUGAACCCGCAAGCCGCCGACAUCUUCUCGCUUGGCUGUGUCAUCUUGGACCUGAUGAGCUUCCUCGUCAAAAAGACAACCAAAAGUUUUGCCGCACACCGUGCUGCCAAGCACAAGACCCCCGGUCGUGGUGGUGCCGUUUUGGAUUCGUCAUUUCACAAGAACCUCGGACAGGUCGAGUCCUGGAUGUCGACACUAGCAAAGGAGGCGUCAAAGAAGGUAUCCGAAUCCGAUGGAGGCCUCGUGUUCCGAGGCAUCGUACCCUUAAUGCACAUUGUUGCCCGUAUGCUAUCGGCGAAUCCGAUGGAUCGACCCUCAGCGGCCGAGGUGCAAACACAAGUGUACCAGUUGUUGACCAAAUACUGCGACAUUAAGGAGCCUCACUGUGUUCAUCAAUACGGCGGCUGGGACUUUGGCAUGUCGCACUUGCGAAUACAGCCCAUCAGCCCCAACGCCGAACUCAUGCCUCAGCCUAUCCGACAGAACUCAAUACCGCAACUGCCGCGACGUGGGAGUGAGAGCAUUGGAAGCAUCAGUCCGAGAGGGUUGUCCCAUUCGAGAACGAACAGCAGCGGCGGUAUGUCGAACAACAGCGGGAUGAGUAGUGCGGCAAGCAGCGAUCAAGACCGAGACCUCGGGCCCGGGUUCACUGCUAUUCGGAACAUCCGGGUACCGCCGGUACGAUCGCCCGGGCCGUGGGACUCGAGCCCCGGUGUCCAGGGCGGACGUAGCGACCAAGCCCCGGUGUAUUGAGACACGGCGCCUCGACGCGAGGCCCUGUAUGGGCGAGGUACAACAGCUCAUGAGCGAUAUUCAAACUUUUUUCUCCUAUUGGGUUGGCGCGGUCCCGAUAUCGAUACCACACACCAUACCGCCUGGGGUUUUGCAUCAGAAUCUCAAUAUGAGAUAAAGAAAGGCGGGGAAUGCGCGCUCGAAUGGUCAUGACAUGAGAUGUUUCGAUGGUGAUUUUUUCUUUUACUCUCCUCUUUGUUGCUCAGCGAUACCUCUGCCGCAGUUGCUCAUCGCAAAUGGGUCUGCAUACAAAGCAAGCCCAACCAUAGUCGAAAAAAAGAGAAGCCGAGAUAGGAAUGAAGAUUCGAUAUUGAAAUCAUAUACCCGUACGUCUUUGUAAUUGUCGAAUGGUCCAAUGGUUUCUUUCGACUAUGCGGGUUCCGAGCCGAGCCAUGAACAGCGAGAGCCAAGGUGCUAUAGGGAGG